CCACCAACCAAACUUCACAAUAGCACCUAGGAAAACAAAAAAUACAGGGGGGGGGGGGGGGGGGGGGGGGGAGAGAACCAAAUAGUCCGAUCAGGGAGGACAAACGCGACAAAAAAAGGAGCAGCGGAUGAGCUCCAACCCCAACUACUUUUAUGAAUGGAUUCGGAGCGCUGUGGGAAAACAAAGUAAUAACAGCAGCGGUGGUAGUGGUCCAACUGCGGGCUCAAGUCAUGCGAGGAGGAGCUGAAUGAGGAAGUCGAGGAGAUUGUCUGAUUGUGGAGUAUUGGAUGAGGAGAAAUGUUUCAGGGAAAAUUGAAGGGACAUAAUGGAGAAAAUAGAUUGAAGAGGCGGCGAUAAAAGAGGGAACCAGAGAUGGGUGGCGGAACCAAAAAGGGUUGGAGAAAGAAGCGGUAGAGAGCUUGUAGGGUGUUUAAUGAUGGCCGAUUUUUAAUUUUUCAAAAUGACAGACGUGCCCUCCCUUUAUAGCUUUGCAAUUAAUUGAAAUCAAUCCUUAAAAUAAAAUAAAAAAUAUUAAAACAAAAUAUUUAUAUUAGUUGAAGUUAGUGUUAACACUUAUUCGUUAACACCCUAAUCCUUCCUCAUAAAGUAGAAGAACGGAGGAUAUAGUCGAGUGGGCCUAGUUCAUGGAUACGUGGUCCGGUGUUGGCUUAGUCUAAGCCCAGUGUUCUUUUUUCAAAUAGCGAGUUUUUUGACAAUCCAAAUCCGAAAAAGGCAAACGAGCCACUGAGCCACAGCUUCGCUCCCGAGGAUCUCUGAAGUCUGAAGAUCUACUCUUUCCGAACCAAACCGGGGACUCGAAAGCAGCGGUUUACUUUCAGCUCUCCAAUGGCAGAUUCCGCCCUCCUCCCGCCCACCGUCGUCGUAUAGCGCAUCCCGUAGUCGACACCAUCGCUCCUAUUUUCUUCAGAGUUAGUCGCACGAUGUGGCUUCCUCUCCGAUUGACUCUUCUGUUCCUCUUUCUACUACUUUCACCUCGGGCGCUCCUCCGCUCUGGAUCGGCGGCAGUGGUAAGUGGAGAGGAAGAAGAGUUCCAUGAAGAGCUGCUGCUGAAGCCUUUGCCUGAUCGGAAAGUCUUGGCCCAUUUCCAUUUCCAUAGCAUAGCUCCUCCUUCCAAAUCCAAUGGCCGCCACCAUCAUCUCUUCCCCAAAGCCAUCUCUCAGCUGGUCCAGAAGUUCAGAGUUAAAGAAAUGGAACUAUCUUUCACACAAGGUCGUUGGAACUAUGAACGUUGGGGUGGAUUCGAUCCCAUAUCUAGUAACAACGCUAAGCCUCCUGGAGUUGAAUUAUGGGCUGUCUUUGAUGUCCCUGAAGACCAAGUUGAUGCUUACUGGAAGAAUUUGACCAAUUCUCUGUCUGGACUUUUUUGUGCUUCCAUUAAUUUCCUGGAGUCCUCCACCAUGUAUUCAGCACCUAAAUGGAGCUUCCGAAUUACACCAGGAAGCCUCAGAUAUGGUACAUUACCGCGCGAGGCUGUUUGCACUGAGAAUCUGACUCCAUGGUUGAAGCUCCUCCCAUGUCGGGAUAAAGCUGGGCUCGCUGCCUUGUUGGAUAGACCAUCCAUCUACAAGGGUUUUUAUCAUUCUCAGCGGUUGUAUUUAACCUCAAAUGCAUCUGUUCCUGCCGAGACCGUUUCAGGUAUCUCUCUGGAACAAACACUUACAGUCGUUCUUCAGCCCAACAGUCCUUCCUCUAGCUCCAUUCACUCCGGUGAGAGCAAUUUUCAACCGAGUUGGUCUUUAAGUUCGAUCUUUGGAAGGAAGAUUAGUGGGAAAUGUGUUAUUGCUCAAUCUAGUAUAGUGUACCUUCAGCUUGAGAAAAGUAUAUUUUCGGAACAGAAGGAUAACAUGGACAAUGGUCCAAAUAGUUUAGCAUCUGAAGGAUUUGCUGGUGGAAGUGGUUUUGAAAUGUCUCUAGACCCAGAUAUAGUAAUUGAAGAAGAAAAUCAGUCGCAACACAAAGGGUCAUCAGUUCUCUAUGGAUUUUGGGUAGAAAAGUAUAAUGAGUCUCAGCCAUUGGACCUUGGCUUGAAGUGGAAGUAUCCUGUGUUUUGGUCAAGUCAACAAGCACCAUUACAUGCUAGCAGGUUUCUGAUGGGCAGUGGAAACGAAAGAGGUGCCAUAGCAAUCUUAUUCAAGUCUACAAACUCGGCUGAUAGUUCCUCUGGGUCUCGCCAUGUCAGUGAUGGGUGUGAGCUUCAAGUUGAUGUUUUCCAAGUUGUGCCGUGGUACAUUAAAGUGUAUUACCAUUCCCUUCAAAUCUUUGUGGAUGAUGAAGCAAAACCAAUAGGAGAUUUCGUUCAUAAGAUACAAGUUUCCCCUUCCAAAGACAAAACAUCUCCUGGAAUGAUGGAAAUGCUUCUGAAGCUUCCUUGUGAUGUGAGAUCAGCUGCAUUGACAUUGGAAUUUGAUAAGGGAUUUUUGCACAUUGAUGAAUAUCCUCCAGAUGCUAAUCAAGGAUAUGAUAUCCCAUCAGCAGUUAUAAGCUUUCCUCGCUUCCACUCAGUCAUGCAUCUUCUUAGCAACGAUUCAAUCAGGAAGUCGCCUCUGCUGUCCAGAUUUCAGGAAAAGAACCGCGUGCAGUCAUACACAGAAGUAUUGCUUGUACCUUUGACGACUCCAGAUUUCAGCAUGCCUUACAAUGUCAUUACCAUCACAUGCACCGUAUUCGCACUCUUCUUCGGGUCUCUACUCAACGUACUCCGGCGCAGAGUCGGCGAGGAGGAGAGAUAUCUUAAAGCUGGUAAGAAAAAGGGUUGGCUCCGAGUGCUGCUGUCAAGAUUAUUAGCCAAGUUCAGAGGGAAGCCAAUGGAAGAACCUGAUCAACCCUCAUCUGAAUCAGCACCCUUAAUCGGGAAGAAACUAGUCCUGAAAGUUAUCUUGGUGGCUGUCCUUGCCGUGGCUUGGCAGUUCUACUCUACCUGAUUUGGACUGAUUGAAUUCCUAAAUUAGUCUGCAGAUAGCUUCUUCAGAAUUAGAAUGCAUGGGGGAAGAAAUCACUUCUUUUAUUAUUGUGUUAGUGUACUGUAAUGUAGGAUUGUAAGACAGU